GGCCGUGAACAAGCCAAAAAACCCAGCCUACAGCACUAAUCUGAGUGUGCCUACUCUAAACAGCCUAUAUUAUAUUAACGCUGAUACCUCUGUGCAUUCUGCCCCCUCCGUGGCAGUGCAUUCGCCAUCUGCCAGUGUAUCCUACCCCCUCCGUGGUAGUACGCUGUGCCAGUUCGGGUCUUUACAUCCUGCCCCCUCCGUGGCAGUGUACUGCACCCAGGUUCAUAUAAGAUGGCAGAACAGCCAGGCAUGUCACCAUCAACACACAUGGUGCCAGAUCAGCCAGACAUGCCACAAUCAGCCAAGCCACAACAUACUAACACGUCUAAGACCAGACAUGCCAAAGCACUGGCUAAGACAAAACAUCUUUCCAGCCAUAGUAAACCAAAGCGCCCUCGUUAUGUCUCUGUGCCAACAACCACCACAGCACAGACACACAUAAGUGAUAUUUUCCAUUCUCCUGCUACUGCAUCUGACGAGGAAGAGUUUGUUGGCUUUCCCCCUCACGGUUCGCCUAACGAACCUACCUCUGGCUUACAGCCUCAGACAUCUGUUCCAAUAGCCCACCAGGCACAUACAUCUCACACAUCUGGUCUGCAGCUGUCUCCUGAUUUCCUCUCUCAACUCCAAGCCAUGCUGGCUUAUUUCACACGAAUGCAGUCACUACCACAGGUUCCUGCCAUACCCCCACUCAACAUGGACCAACGUGCGUUCCAUGCUGCUCAUCCUUCCUGCUCACCAGAUCCUUUCGAUGUAGCCAGAGGCAGAUGUACGGACGAAGCCUCGUAUGCGGAGGAGUUAACUUUCACUGACCAUGUUGAAGGAGACGACUGGAGCGACUAUUCAGAUCAUGAGGAUACAUCGUAUCGCUUGUUCAAUACCUCAGAUUACCAACCGCUCGCACGUAGGGUACUUCAUACCCUUGGUCUCCAGACUGCGCCUUCAACUUCGUCCGCCCCAACUCUCAAAGGGGCCAAGGUCCUCAAAUCCCCUGCACCUACUGAACACUACAUCCCGGUGCCGGACCCAAUUGCCAAAUUAGCUUCCGAAGAAUGGGCCCACCCACUCAAAGCUCGACGCUUCAAGAACACAGCUGACAGACUUUACGCCCUAGCCCCAGACUUCGCCACCAAGUUAGAUGUCCCUGGCAUAGACGAACCGAUCGCUCGCCUCGUUUCGCGAUCUAUCUUGCCCAGGGAAGGGGAAUCCCACCUAAAAGAUACUACUGAACGUCGAAUAGACUUCGCCCUCCGCAAGAACCACGAGGCCACUGCCCUAUCCAUGCGUGCCUCCGCUUCAGCCUCCAUUUUCUCCAGAGCAUCUAUGAUGUGGCUGGAUGACCUUCUAGAGGAUGAUAACCCUGAUCCUGUCGCCUUCAAAAGAGCACUAUUGAAACUACGUAAGACAGCAGCCUUUGUGGCCGACGCCACUUUGGAUGCCACCCAAUUAGGGGCACGAGCCAUGACGACUCAAAUAGUCGCUCGUCGCACCCUCUGGCUUCGUCACUGGCAAGCUGAUUCAGCGGCCAGAUUGAACCUGUCCAAGGCUCCUUACUCCGGAUCUCUUCUCUUCGGUGAGGAAGCUCUAAAGGCAGUUCUGGUUGACCCAAAAGACGCCCACAAACCGGUUCUAGCCACAGUCAAGAACAUCGACCACAGGCCCUUCAGGCGAUUUCCCUCCUUUCGUUCUAACCAGCCCUUUCGAGGAACGCGACCAGGAGGACGAGGCCGCGAUUUCAGACCCUAUGAUUCCAACGCAUUCAGGGGCUCCUGGAACCGACGCCCCCAGGGCAGAGGUCAGUACCAAGGGCGCAGGGGCAACUCAUCGUCCUCAUAUAGGGGAGGUCCUCGCCUACACAAGUAGUAUUAACGCCAUCCCCAUAGGUGGCAGAUUAUUUAAUUUUGGAGAUCGAUGGCUGCGCCUUACUACGGUCCCCUGGAUCAGGGACCUCUUCACUUAUGGCUAUACCAUAGAGUUCUGGGCAACCCCAUCAGACAGAUUCCACCCGUCUCCUUGCCCAAGGGCACCAGCCAGGCACAACAUCAUGCAGACAGCUAUACAUCACCUCUUGCACAUAGCGGCAAUAGAGCCAGUUCCCACAACUGAGAGAUCGGAAGGGGUGUACUCCCUCCUAUUUGCUGUGCCAAAACGAGAUUUAUCUUGGAGGGCGGUAUUGGAUCUCAAGUUUGUCAACCGUUUCGUAACAUACCGCAGGUUCAAAAUGGAAUCUCUCCAUUCCAUUACCGAGAGUCUGCAUGAAGGAGACUUCCUGGCUUCUAUCGACCUUAAGGAAGCGUAUCUCCAUGUACCCAUUUGCAUAGCCCACAGAAAGUUUCUUCGGUUUACCUUUGGCCACCAACAUUUUCAAUACAGAGCGAUGCCAUUUGGUCUCUCCUCUGCUCCAAGAGUAUUUUCCAAGGUGCUACUCAUCCUAGUGGCUUACCUUCGGACCCAAGGGGUUCAUAUCUACCCAUAUUUGGAUGAUCUGCUCAUACGGGCCAAAUCUGAAGAGCUGGCUCAUCAUCAUUUAAUGAUCACCCUCAAUGUUUUGCAGACCUACGGCUGGCUUGUCAACUUCGACAAAAGCCAUCUCCAACCAACCCAACGCCUACUACAUCUUGGGGCAAUGUUGGACACCCUGCAGGCAAUGGUCUUCCUGUCUCCAGAUCGCAUCACUGCCAUCACAAGCAUCGCAAGGUCCCUGAUGCAACAAACAUCUGCAGACGUCAUGCUUCUUUCCAGAACGCUCGGAAUGUUCAUCUCUACAAUCCACAUUGUGCCAUGGGCUCGAGCUCACACUCGGCCCCUUCAGUGGACUCUGUUGCCUUUUCAAAAGGACAUUGCCAGCUCCAACCAUCGCAAAGUUCGUUUGAGCCCCGCUCUGCGCCUCUCCUUCCGCUGGUGGACCAAGGUUCAACACCUCUCCAAGGGCACGUCGUUCAGAGAACCCCGCAGAACCGUCGUGACCACAGACGCCAGCCUCAUAGGUUGGGGAGCCCACUGCAACUCCCAGUACGUUCAGGGGGUUUGGCCCAAUGCAGAGCGAUCUCGAAGCAUCAACUGGCUGGAACUAAAGGCUGUCCACUUGGCUCUAUGUCAUUUUCAGUCUCUGUUCCCUUUGCAUCAUGUGCUCAUUCGAACAGACAACACGUGUGUAAAAUCACAUUUGAACAGACAGGGGGGCACCAGGUCUCGUCCUCUGCAGGACUUAGCCUCCCUCAUCUUUGUCUGGGCAGAACAACAUCUACAAUCCCUGAAAGCAGAGCACCUCAGAGGGAUUUUGAAUGUGACAGCAGACUGGCUCAGCAGACAACAGGUCUUCCCGGGAGAAUGGAAACUUCAUCCAGCCAUUUUCCAUCGUCUCCAGUGUCGAUUCGGCGCCCUCUCAGUCGACCUGUUUGCUUCCAGUCACAAUUGCCAGCUUCCAAGGUACUUUGCCCGAUACCUGGACUCAACAGCAGAAGCAGUGGAUGCUCUGACAACACCGUGGCCAGACGGUCUAUUGUACGCCUUUCCCCCCAUACCAUUGUUAGCCAAAACCUUGAGGAAGGCACGAAUCGAAAGGGCACAGCUGGUUCUGGUAGCACCAUUUUGGCCACGCCGACCGUGGUUCUCAGAUCUUCUGGCAAUGUCAAUGAUGGAUUCCUGGACACUUCCAGUAACGCCAGACCUCCUAUCCCAGGGUCCAGUACUGCACCAGGACCCUACUUGGCUCAAUCUAACAGCGUGGCGUUUGAACGGAGAUACUUGAGGUCAGCUGGACUGUCUGACGCUGUGAUUGAUAUUAUUUUGGCCUCGAGAAGACCUUCUACCACUCGAAUUUAUCAACAUACCUGGGUGGCUUUCUCCAAGUGGUGUCAGUCCCACCACCACGAUCCAUCCCAGGCCAAUGUGCACCAGGUACUCCAAUUUCUCCAUAGUGGCUUUAUGAUGGGACUUCGACCCAACACUCUACGUAGACAUGCGUCUACUCUGUCAUCCAUUCUCUCAGUGUCCUCUCCUGGAGAUCAUAUUUCCUCACAUCCGUUCAUUAAACGUUUUUUGAGGGGAGUCGCCCUACGCUCUCCGGCUGUUGUCCAUCGGUUCCCCUCAUGGAGUUUGCCGAAAGUCCUGCAGGCUUUGCAACGCCCUCCGUUUGAACCCAUCAGGACUGUGCCCCUACGCAUACUGUCCUUCAAGGUCCUGUUUCUGAUUGCAAUCACAUCUGCCAGACGCGUUUCGGAGUUGGGCGCAUUGUCUUCUGCUAGACACCUCUGCGUCUUCCAUAAGGACUCUGUUGUGCUGAAGACUGACCCUUCCUUUCGUCCCAAGGUCGAUUCAGUUUUUCAUUGCAACCAGGACAUUGUUUUACCUUCCUUUUGCCCGAAUCCUACCCAUCCUCUCGAGAAGGCUUGGCAUUCGUUGGAUGUCCGGAGGGCUGUCAAGACCUACCUGUCUAGGACCCAAGAGAUUCGACGAACGGAGUCUCUAUAUCUCUUUUAGACUCGCUACGAAUGAACUGGAGAGUGGGAGGGGCAUGACGCCCCUAGUCUUGACUUCAAAAACAUUCUUGCCUUCGCACGAUAGGUGGAACUAUCCCACAGUGAUGGCCUCUUCCUAUGAAAAUCACCUUUCAGGUGCCUAUUUCUACAAUAAAUGAAGAAAACAUGAGACGUGAUUUAAGGAACAAUAAAGCAUACUUUUGAUUUCCGCCAAUCUGCUGAUUAACUGAUCUGCUGAGCAAAACUCUUGAAAGGUUGAAGCCAUAACCCAGUAGAUGUCAAUGAACAAAGUGUGUAUGUUUCAGUGUUGAACUCGUAGGCAGUUGAACUAAUGUUAGCGAGCUUUGAAGUGUGUGACUUUUAGAUUGAAGCAGUUUUAACUGUUCUAAUUUGUUAGUAGCCGGUUGUAAACACUCUCAAGUUUGCUGUGUUAGAUUCAUUUUUAAAGGUUACCCAAAGU